AUGCAACGUCAUGAACAAAUUAUUGAACUUUCGGAUCAUGUUAAAAAUAAACUUAAACAGCAUCAUUCUCCCGCAGUCUCGUCACCAUUCAUCACCUCGUGCGAUGAAUUCGUAGAAGUUGAUAGCACUGAUGACGGAAAUGAUUCUCUACUUGUUACAUCUGACCCUGUGAAUCGUGCACGUAGUGAAACAUUUACAACUUAUCGUGUUGACCAACCGUCAGCGGCAUUUUUUACUUAUGAAAAGUCCAAACCACCUUCGCAUAUCUCCGUUCUUCAUGAAAAGUACGCUAAACAACAUGUAUGCGAAGCGUGUGUCCAUCGUGAUCAUAUUAUUCACUAUGAACGUCAGCGUCUCUUACGUCUCUAUGAAGAAAAUAAGCAACUACAUGAGCAACUGAAUUCUUCUCGUUUACUCAAUCAGCAAUAUGAAAAUGAUAUUGAAAAAUUGAAAAUUCAUUUACGAAAAGUGAAUUCUCAUCUUUAUGAAUAUCAUGUGACUUAUGAUCAGCUCAAACAAAAAAUUGUCGAAGAGAAAAAACAAGAUGAACACGAAGAUAAACAAGAAUCAACAAUGGAACAUUUAAAAAGACUUCGACAUGAAGUGAAUAUGUAUAACCGCUUAGUUGCCGCAAAACAACAACACGAACAGAGAAGAAUUUGA